GUAAAUCUCUCCCAAAAAGAAAGAACAAAACCCAAAACCUUCAAGUUGAAAAUCCUCACAAAACACAGUUCUCAAAGCUCUUAGUAUUUUUUUUCCUUCUUGGUUGGUGUAUGUAUAGAAAAGAAACUAAUAAGCAUGGAUUUGCAGAAAGCUAUGGUGUUCUCGUGUUGGGUUUUGUCUCUUUUGAUCAUCGAGACGACAGGGCAUCGCGAUCAGCUGUUCCAUCCGCUUGAAACGGAAAACGCAAACGCAAACGUGAUGACGAUGGUGAUGGAGCGAGGUUUACAGACGCGGCGACCAGAGCACAAGAACGCAUAUGCGACGAUGAUGUACAUGGGAACUCCAAGGGACUACGAGUUUUACGUUGCAACACGUGUCUUGAUCAGAUCGCUCAAAGGUCACCAUGUUAACGCUGAUAUCGUCGUUAUCGCCUCCCUCGACGUUCCUCUCCACUGGAUUCACAACUUGGAAGAAAGGGACGGAGCUAAAGUAGUGAGAGUAGAGAAUCUUGAGAAUCCAUACAAGAAACAAACAAACUUCGACAAUAGAUUCAAACUUAGUCUGAACAAGCUCUACGCUUGGUCUCUCUCAAACUACGACCGUGUGGUUAUGCUCGAUGCCGACAAUCUAUUCCUCAAAAACACUGACGAGCUCUUCCAAUGCGGCUCGUUUUGUGCUGUCUUCAUCAACCCUUGCAUCUUCCACACUGGCCUCUUUGUGUUGCAGCCAUCAAUGGAGGUCUUUCGAGACAUGGUUCAUGAGCUUGAAGUAAAAAGAGAUAAUCCUGAUGGAGCUGAUCAAGGCUUUCUUGUUAGUUACUUCCCUGAUUUACUUAGCCAGCCUCUAUUUCAUCCUCCCAGUAACCGCAGCACGGCGCUUUCAGGACAUUUUAGACUUCCUUUGGGAUAUCAAAUGGACGCAUCUUAUUACUACCUUAGACUCAGAUGGAACGUACCGUGUGGACCAAACAGUGUAAUCACAUUCCCAGGAGCAGUUUGGUUAAAACCAUGGUACUGGUGGUCAUGGCCUGUUCUUCCUUUAGGCCUAUCAUAUCACCACCAACGCCGCUACACCAUAAGUUACUCGGAGGAGAUGCCUUGGGUCGUAAUCCAAGCAGUGUUCUACCUAGGAAUCAUAUUAGUCACGCGUCUAACGCGUUCUAGCAUGUCCAAACUAUGUUACCGACGUUUUGACAAGAGUCUAACGACUAUCCACCCGCUCAUGGGUUGGUCACUCUACUUGACCGGUUCCUUUGCUCUCUCCUCCAUACCCAUCAAUGCCUUCUUGCUUCCGCUGCUCCAUGUCUUGACACCGUGGCUUGGCAUUCUUGGGACGCUCAUUGUGAUGGCUUUUCCCUCGUAUCCUGAUGGCAUUGUCAGAGCAUUGUCCGUUUUGGGGUAUGCCUUUUGCUAUGCACCGUUUCUGUGGGUCUCCUUUGUGAAAAUCACAUCGCAUCUUCAGGGUUUGAUUGACAAAGAGAUUUCAUUUCAACGGUUAGGUCAAUCCGGAACUAGUUCUGGUCUCAGCAAAUUGUAUUGA